AUGGCGUCGGUGUACAACCGAGGCUCCCUUACACUGAGCAAGGAUGACGUGAACUAUAGAAUGCAUUUCCGAAUGAUAAACGAGCAGCAGGUUGAGGACAUAACAAUAGAGUUCUUCUACCGGCCCCACACCAUCACGCUGUUGACGGGCACGGUGCUGUGUUUGAUGUACUUCGCCUUCGCGAGAGAUGAUGGAAAUCCUGACAAUAAUCUUUGGGUGGGUUUGAUUCUGGUGAUCUCCUUCUUCCUUGUUAUCAGCGUUUUGGCGUUUCCUAACGGUCCUUUCACUAGACCUCAUCCAGCAAUAUGGAGAAUAGUCUUUGGUCUGAGUGUGCUGUACUUCCUCUUUCUGGUUUUCAUCAUCUUCCUGAACUGGCAGCAGGUUAAACAGUUAAUGUACUGGCUGGAUCCUAACCUGCGCUACGCCAAAAGAGAGGCAGACAUAAUGGAGUAUGCAGUCAACUGCCAUGUCAUUACCUGGGAGAGAAUUCUCAGCCAUUUUGACAUCUUUGCAUUCAGUCAUUUCUGGGGUUGGGGCAUGAAGGCCCUCCUCAUCAGAAGUUACGGCCUUUGCUGGACCAUCAGUAUUACAUGGGAGCUCACAGAGCUCUUCUUCAUGCAUCUGCUGCCCAACUUUGCCGAGUGCUGGUGGGACCAGGUGAUUCUGGACAUCCUCUUGUGUAACGGUGGGGGCAUCUGGCUGGGCAUGACAGUGUGCCGCUUUCUGGAGAUGAGGACAUACCACUGGGCUAGUAUUAAAGACAUUCACACCACCACAGGCAAGAUAAAACGUGCGGUUUUACAGUUCACACCGGCAAGUUGGACCUACGUGCGCUGGCUGGAUCCUAAAUCCUCCCUGCAGCGAGUGAUGGGCGUUUAUCUCUUCAUGAUCAUCUGGCAGCUGACAGAGUUGAACACAUUUUUCCUCAAGCACAUAUUUGUCUUUCCUGCAAGCCACCCCCUCAGCUGGUGUCGGAUCCUGUUUGUCGGCAUUAUCACGGCGCCGACAGUCAGGCAGUAUUAUGCAUACCUCACAGACACCCAGUGUAAAAGAGUUGGGACGCAGUGUUGGGUGUUUGGGGCCAUAGCCUUUCUGGAGGCGCUGGCGUGUAUCAAAUUUGGACAGGACUUGUUUUCCAAAACACAGAUCCUCUAUGUGAUCCUCUGGCUGCUGUGUUUGGCCUUCAUUACAUUCCUGUGCCUGUAUGGGAUGGUGUCAUAUGCAGAGAACUAUGGUCCAAGAGAAAAGCUCUUCUCAGAAUGUGAGGACACCAAUUAUACUGAGUUUGCUGACAAUGGGUCAGAAGAACCUCGAGAGGAGACGUGUAUGGAUGGUGACUGCUCACAAAUUCGACAUAGAGGAAAGGGUUCGGAAAACCUCAACUCCGUUACUGGUCCGGAGGGUCAAUAG